UUUUCCGAUAAAGAAAUAAUGUCCGUUUUUAUGUAACUUGACAAGAACUGUACACACCGAUGUGUUUAUCAUUUUUUAGUAUUUUUUGAUACAUAUCAGGUUCUAACUAAAUAAAAUAUAUGUUACAAACAAGGCCUCUCCAAAUAUAUUUCAUCAAAUUAAACCUUUAUCGAUUUGGCGCGAAGAUAAAACCGUUUGAUCGGAUAGAAUGGAGCAUGUCGUUUUUGCACGAUUCGACCAAAAGUAGCACCUACAAUUUUUCGCCUGCGAACAGGGGCCCUGUUCCCCAACCCCCUCUGGGCGGUAACCAUUUCUAUAAUGAUUGGGGGCGUGGGGAAAGUAAGUUGGCGGACGGAGAAGGCGUAGUUGGGCGAGCCUAAAUUCCAGGGUUAUCGAGACGAACCAAAACACAAGGUCCAUUAUCUUCCGGUGGUCUUUGCCUCAGAAAAUUGUAAACAAGCUUUGGAGAAGCAUGGCAACCUCUCAACAUAAUGAAAAGGCACCAUUGUUAAAAGAGAAAACUCCCAUGUUAAACUACACAAAACGAUAUGAUCAAGUUUCUUGGCGAUCUGCUGAUACUGAUUUUGAAAUUGAUCCAGCUGCAUCUAGUGCUGACGAAAACCUAAAGGUGAAUGUUAAGGCUACAAAACCAGUAGGUUUUUGCACUAAAAGAAAUAGAAAAUUAAUUGCUUUAGUUGUUGUUGUUGUUGUUUUCCUUGCUAUUAUGGCUAGUCUGAUAUAUUUGUAUUAUUCAAAGACAUCUCCAAUCCCAAUAUCAAAAACACCAGUUGUGUCAACAAAUUGUGGGGAUAUGACUGGUGUUAUAGAAACAUUAAAAAAGGACAACAAAGAAAUAGAAAUUUACACGUUUAAGGGUAUUCCAUAUGCGCUGCCACCUAAUGGAGAUCUAAGAUGGAGUGCACCAGUUUCGUUUAAUGAAAAUAGGUCUUCUUGUUGGAGUGGUGUAUUUGAAGCAAAUUCCCAUGGUUCUGUGUGCAUACAGAAUGGAACAGGUGGUAAUAUGCAAGGUUCUGAAGAUUGUCUGUAUUUGAAUGUUUAUACUCCAUCUUUAAAAAGAAAGUUACCUGUCUUCAUUUGGUUGCAUGGUGGUUCAUACAUGACAGGAUCUGGUCAUCAGUUAGGUAUGACCCCAGACAAUGAAUUUGUCACCUCAAUGGAUGUUGUAGCAGUAAGCUUGAAUUUUCGUUUAAAUCUCUUUGGUUUUUUAUCUCUGAAAGAACUUUGGCAAAAAGGUAAAUCCUAUGGAAAUUAUGGUUUUAUGGAUCAAAUAUUAGCAUUGAAAUGGGUCCAAAGUAACAUCAAAAAUUUUGGAGGUGAUCCUAACUCUGUUACAAUAUGUGGACAAAGUUUUGGUGGUACGUCUAUAUUUGGUUUGCUUGCUUCUCCAUUAGCUGGUGGAUUGUUUCAUAAAGCAAUAUCAAUGAGUGGUUCACCAAAAUUUGAUAAAGCCUACACUGAUGCAUCUGCUGAAAAUCAAGUAUUUCUAAACGAAACAGCGUGUACGCAGACCAAUGAUACAAGACAGUGUCUGUACAACUUAAAAGCUACUGAAAUUUUAAAUGCAACAUUGAAAUUUUUGAACUCAAACAUUUUCACAAAAAGAUAUGAUUUUCCUACAAAAAGCAUUCACUACCCUUCAUUGGCAGUUAUAGAUCCUAUUGUUAUACCGAAACCUCCAAAAAAUCUCAAAAACUUGUCUUUUAAAGGUAAAAAGGUUUCUGUUUUAGUUGGCAGUGCUGCUCAAGAAAUUGGGAUCUCACCUUUUGUUACUUUUGAUGAAAAAUCAUGGACUGAUUAUUAUUUGUAUUUAAAAAAGAAACUUGACCCCUUCUCUACUAAGUAUAUUGAUAUAGUGCUUGGUAAAUUGUAUAGCAACACCACUAAAAAUUUAACGAAAGAGUUCUCUGCAGAACUUAUGCAUGAAACCAUUUCUUCGGAUGUUUUAGAAAAUUGCCCAAUAAAUCAGCUCGCUCAUCAGUUUAUGGAAAGUUCACAUCAUAAUGUUUACCAAUAUGUUAUCGCUCAUAAACCAAGUAAGCCACUUCCUCUCCAUGGAUUCCAAUCAAAAAAUGCAUUUAAUUCAUGGGAAACCAUUGCACUCUUCAAUUUCAAGAGAUUAGAACAAUUUGAUUAUAAACCAAGCUUAGACGAUAUAAACUUUCAAGAUACUUUACGAAAAAAUUUUAAACAUUUUAUGAUGUAUGGACAUCCAGCAAACACUGACUGGCAAAAAAAAGAAACAGCUAUUUUUAAUGACAGGGGUGACAUUGAUGUAUUAAUGAGUCAGUAUCAUGAACAACAAUGUCAGUUUUGGAACAAUGUUGCAAAUGGAUUCACUUCUUAUGCAUGGAGCGAUUAACAAUGUUUGGUCAUAGUGUUUUUGAAAAAAGGUUUAAGAAAGUUUUCUUUAGUUUCAAUAUGUGAGGGUGCUCCUGAU